GGUUUUAAACCUCUCUUAAUAAUAUUUUUCUAUAACAUAAAUUUGCGUGAACUCGUUUUUGAACCGUUAUCGUAAGUUUUGUUAGAUUUGGCUUUAGUACAGACUAAUCUAAUGUAUAUGCACAAAUCUUAUAUUGCAUAGAUCCUAUUAAAAAUAUGAAUUUAAAAGAUAGAUUUGUGAGGGGUGUACUUAUGCACAUGUGCUCAAAUAUAACUGUAAGUAUAGGAUUGUUUAGGCCACCUUAUUUUUCUUUACCUUGCCCAGCGGAUAAAACGUUUUCCUAACGCUGCCUCAUAGUUACCAGAACGUUUUUUUAACAAGAGCCUAAAAGAAAAGGUUUUGUGAACAGCCUCUUAACCUAAAGGGAAUGUUCUGUUUACGUAAAGAAAACUUUCCUAUAGCCAACCAACAAGGGAGCAUUCUGGGAAUCCGAAAUGAACAUUCCCAGAACGCUCUGGGAACCAAAAUAAGAAAAUUGUUAGCUCUGUGUGAGGCUAACGAAAGCGAUUUCUCGCACAUUCACGGAAAAUAAGCGUGCUUCUGCUGUGGAAAAACAGACUGGAGAAGGUCAUGUUUGUUUAAUUAUUUUUUGGUCUUGAUAAUGAUCCUAAAUAUCCUGAUGCAACUGUUGCGAUAGUAAUUUUCCCCAGCAAACAAAAUUAUAAACGGUAUGGUGAAUGAAAAGUGCUGUUGAACUGUGUGACUUACGUGUGUAUUCAUACAUACAUACUUUAUAAUACUAUUUUGAGACCAUCGCACCCUGAUGGUGUGAUCGUGUGUGAUCCUGUCAAGCCAACUGGUAAACAAUACCCAGCUGUCAGCAUGGAAUAAUACCAAUUGUUUUCCAUAAGGUAUCAUGACGUAAUAGAUUUAAUGACGUAAAACGUUACUUUUGUCAUUCAUAACUAUUUGAUAUUAACAGAUGAAAAUGCACGUCGGUAAAUCCUUUGCUGAAGGUGAGCAAUGUCAUGUGUGUGUGUGUGUGUGUGUGUGUGUGUUUUUUUUUUUUUUUGCUACACCCCUAACAGUCGGUUUAGGUGGUGCGUGCUUAUUUGCUGUCUGCGCUUCUAUGGCAACGUAAUAGAUUAUCCAUCCCCACGCAUGUUACCACAACUGAACUAGACAUCUUUUGCACAUUGGAUUACAGAUGUGUCAACGUCCGGGGGCUUCGCAAGUGCUGUUUCCAGAGUACUUUGAGAAGGAGGAUGCAAUGAUUUGUCAUUGAGACGCGCGUCAAAUUGUUUCUCAUUCAGACACGUCCGUCCGUCGUCCCCGCAUCCAGUGUGCGCGCUUUGAAUCCGCGCUCUCGGCGUCGCGUCUAGUAUUACAGAUGCAGCGGGAUGCAUAUUUGUGCAUUCAUAUUUUUGACGACCUAUUUUUCAGCCAGCGUCGCCUCUCAGAUGAUACCGACUGUCAUUUGUUCUGUUGAGGUGGUCGAUCACAAUGCAUAGGGUGCAUUCUUCCAUGCGCAAACGGCUCUAUAGCUUGCCACAUCAGUUUGGACACAAGGGUGCUAUGACUCGAGACGGCGAAGAUAGCGACAAGGACACUCGGAGGAAAAGUGUCAAGAUGAAGCAUUUUCCUUCACCUUCCUCCACGGGGAGCUCGAAAGGUGUCUGCGAGGCCAAGAGCGGGGACGCGGAGACCGAUGUGGGGAGACCCUUCAGAACCAACGUGAACGGCGACUGCCGGAGGUUCAGGGGCAGCCUAUCGUCCCUCACCAGUCGGCAUGCUGCUCCAGACGCGGAUCUGGCCGAGCAAAGGCGUCUUAUCGGGGAUGCGAGCCCGGAGGACGACGGCCCCUCGGAGCAACCGGGACCCGGAGAGAGCCCGGGCGCGAAGGGCGGUCGCGGCGAUGGGGCACAACAGGCGCCCUCUGAAGAGCAGUCGACUUUCGUAAAGUUGGAGGGUAUCGAUCAGAUCCUGCCGGACGAUGAGAGGAUGUACCAGGCGGGCUUCAUGCACAGGCAGUUUGGAGCGAUGCUUCAGCCCGGGGUCAACAAGUUCUCGCUUCGAAUGUUCGGGAGCGAGAAGGCAGUGGAGCACGAGCAAGAACGGGUCAAAUCUGCAGGCUUUUGGAUCAUCCACCCGUACAGUGACUUCAGGUUUUACUGGGACCUGAUCAUGCUUCUUCUAAUGGUGGGCAACCUGAUCAUCAUUCCCGUGGGCAUCACCUUCUUCAAAGACGAACACACACCCGCCUGGAUAGUGUUUAACGUGGUCUCCGACACCUUCUUCCUGGUCGACCUGGUGCUGAACUUCCGCACGGGGAUUGUGAAAGAGGACAGUACAGAAAUCAUCCUGGACCCUCAGCAGAUCAAGGUCAGGUACUUGCGCAGCUGGUUUGCCGUGGAUUUCCUCUCCUCCAUCCCUGUGGAUUACAUCUUCCUCAUUGUGGAGACACGCAUCGACUCGGAUUUCUACAAGACGGCAAGAGCGUUGAGGAUUGUGCGUUUCACCAAAAUACUGAGUCUGCUUCGGUUGUUGAGAUUGUCCAGGCUCAUUAGAUACAUCCACCAAUGGGAGGAGAUUUUUCACAUGACCUAUGACCUGGCUAGUGCCAUGGUGCGCAUUGUAAAUCUCAUUGGGAUGAUGUUGUUGCUGUGCCACUGGGACGGGUGUUUGCAGUUCCUGGUGCCCAUGUUGCAGGAUUUCCCUUCAGACUGCUGGGUGGCCAAAAACAAAAUGGUGAACGACACAUGGGGUCAGCAGUACUCUUAUGCCCUGUUUAAGGCCAUGAGUCACAUGCUGUGUAUCGGGUAUGGCAUGUACCCUCCUGUGGGCAUGACGGAUGUGUGGUUGACCAUCCUCAGCAUGAUCGUGGGCGCAACCUGCUAUGCCAUGUUUGUAGGCCACGCCACCGCCCUCAUUCAGUCACUGGACUCAUCACGCAGACAGUACCAGGAGAAGUACAAGCAAGUGGAGCAGUACAUGUCCUUCCACAAACUUCCAGCAGACAUGCGGCAAAGGAUCCAUGAUUAUUAUGAGCAUCGCUAUCAGGGCAAGAUGUUUGAUGAGGAGAGCAUUCUGGGAGAACUGAACGAGCCGCUCAGAGAGGAAAUAAUCAGCUUUAACUGUCGAAAGCUUGUUGCCACAAUGCCGUUGUUCGCCAAUGCGGAUCCAAAUUUUGUGACCUCCAUGCUCACCAAGCUGCGUUUCGAGGUGUUCCAGCCAGGAGAUUACAUUAUCAGAGAAGGGACCGUCGGCAAGAAGAUGUACUUUAUACAACACGGUGUACUAACUGUCCUGACGAAGGGCAGCAAAGAGACAAAGAUCUCGGACGGGUCUUAUUUUGGAGAGAUCUGCUUGCUGACUCGAGGCAGAAGAACGGCCAGUGUGAGAGCGGACACAUAUUGCCGUCUGUACUCGCUCUCUGUGGACCAUUUUAACGAGGUGUUGGAGGAGUACCCCAUGAUGCGACGAGCAUUUGAGACCGUAGCCCUCGAUCGCCUUGACCGCAUAGGAAAGAGGAACUCUGUACUCCAGCACAAAGUCCAACGGGAUCUUAAUUCUGGAGUUUUGAACUACCAAGAAAAUGAGAUCAUCCAGCAGAUCGUGCAGCAUGACAGGGAUAUGGCCCACUGUGCACACCUCAUGCAGACACCUCCCCCACCUCCUCAUCCAGCACCGACUCCAUCCUCCCACACCCCUGUCAUAUGGGCACCUCUUAUUCAGGCUCCUCUGCAAGCUGCUGCAGCCACUACUUCAGUUGCCAUCGCCCUGACUCGUCACCCCCAUUUGCCCCACACCCUCUUCCGACCUCCUGUUCCUCGGCUUGGCUCACUGAAAGACCAGCCAGGCUAUUUUAAAAGGUUUCCAACUGCACUUUCGGGUGCUGAUACAUUUGGUGGCUCCUCAUCAACCAGCUCGCAGUUCAGCUCUUGUAUAGAAACCCCAAUUCUGGACACACUCAGGGCCGAGAGAUCAUCUACCUCCACACCGCCACCAUCCUCCAGCUCUCUGCCAUCCACCAUAACAACAACUGUCACCACUACCACUUCAAGCAUCACAGAGUCUUCCGUCUACCACCAUAGACCCAUUAUCUCUCAUGGAUCCAAAGACUUUAGCGUUGCCCAACUUCAUUCUCAACCGCAACUUUCUCAGGCCUCUUUCUCAAGCAUUGCUGCAUCACUUCCUGGAUUCUUCCAACAAGGAGCAGCUGGAGGAGAGGCUGUUCAUCUAGCGGUUCCCCCUGCAUCCACCCUUACUCCUUUGAUAGCGCACUCUGUAAGUCCCAUCCUGACCCAGCUACAUGCAACUCAUUCAAAUCCUCAACCAACAAAACCAAUUCAAGACUUAAAUAAAGCUGGAAGGACAGCCCCCCAAUCUCCAGUAACAGAGUCCCCAGUCCACUCCAAGAGCAUUCUUGAACAAGUACAGAGUCCAACAAGUGUCCAGUCCCAGCAUCCUCAGAUUGGUAUACAGCCGGAUGUUCUUUCCCAGCUUGCUCAAGAACCAUCUGCUCUUGCUUCCCUUGCACAAUAUGGAUCUGGAAAUGCGUCCCCAUGUAGCACACCUUCAGCUUGGAGCCCCACGUGCCAGAGUCCAACAGCAGAGAAAAUGAGAAUGUCAGCGCAUAGCCAACCUUCUAGCAUCUCUGGAUCCCAAACGUCACUACUGACCCCUCAGACACUCUUUCCACCACCACCUCAACCAAGAGAAAGGGGUGGAUCUCUAGUUGAUCUACCUUCACAAGACUUAAGCACCCUUUCCAUGUCCCUUCCUAUUCCUGGACUAGCCGAAAAAUCCAGGGCUGUGGGAAGAGGACCACAACCACCAGACUUAUCUCAUCACCGAGGAUCCACUUCAGGUUACUCACCACUCCCAUCCCCCCCACCCCUUGUGAAUCCAUUUAGCUCAAUACCUGGUCAUGUUGUCUUAUCGAGACAAACUUCCAAGUUGUCCAUAACUCAGACUGGGUCCUCAGGUGGAUCACCAGCCCAUGGGUCAAGUGACAGGUCCACCCCUGGGACACCAAGCUUGCACCCCAAACUCCCAUCAAACUUGUGAGAAAGGUCUGCACCCUCCGACAAUGAGUGAGCAACAUUUUUAAGUACGUCAAAGACUUUUCUCACUAGAGAAGGAGGGUGUAUGUUCAACCACUUGGAUUUCUAUUGGUCUAGAGACUUCCCCAUUUGUUAUGCCAAAAGGAAUGGACAAACGAAACUGACUGAAGAAUGGUGUGACUUAAAUUUGUCUUCCAAGUUCUGUCAGUACUUUUUGCAAUAUUAUUGUCUGAUGAUAAGGGAUAUGCAAAUUAUGACUUCCAAAAAAAAAAACAACUAACAAAAAAAUACUUUACUUCACAGUAAUAAUAUGAAAGGGUGUAUGAUGUAUGUAUGUUUGUGGUAGUGUGUAUGCACGAGAGAGCGAUUGCUAUUGCCCUGUUAUAAAGGUGUGCUCUUUAUAAAGGAGGGAAUUAUGCUGGGUCAGGGAAGCAAAGCAAAAUUUGUCGCACUUCAUCAGUCGGGCAUCAUCUGUCACUGUGAAAGAACACGCCGUACAUGUCUCUCCAGGCAGGUGGCACAGAUAUAUACACAAAACAAACACACAGGUGCACACAAACCUACACACAGGCACAAUCAAACCUAGCCCUUAACAUCCCAAUUAUACAGUAUAGACCUAGUAGGAUAUUUCAGCUAGACCUUGACCCUAUACAUACCCCUCCUUGCUGACAAAGAGGUACUGCUCGGUAUCUAUGGCCUUUCCUUUUUGUAACAAUACUGCCUUAGUGUCUGGACACCAGGGAACGACACCUUCACUUCCACAACAGAGCCGAGAAUAUGACGAAUGUUUUGCAAUCAUUUUGUAUGUGCUUUGUAUGUCAACUUGUGCAGUACUUAAGCAAUAAAAAGGUAUGCUUGGUUUUUGUACAUGCACAGAAGGUUGAACUGUAAAUUGCAGUUUUCUUCCAAUCAAACAAAAGAUAUUGGGUGAUUGUGACAAUGACACUAUUAAUAAGACGCAACUAUAAAAAUAAGCCCACCGCAGUUACCAAAGCUUCUGAGUUCAGUCCUGCAAUUACAAAGUCAUGUCUGCAUUUAGUUAAUAUGUUUUAAUAUUCUGGUUUGCAUCUGUUUAAAGCAAUGGUCUCAAACUCAAUUCCUGGAAGGCCGCAGCUCUGC